UUCUCACGGCAUGAUUCCGCGUGUGGAAAUUAUAAACUCAUAAUAAUGCUGUUGUUUCGAAUGAUAUUAAUUAUUUCGGUGGUGCAAGUGGAACCCUUUGGAUUACCAAGUUUGGGUGACCUUUGGAAAUUUACAAAAUUUGCCUUUGAACUUGGUGGAAAAAUAAAAUCAGGCUACGAUGUCAUCGAGGGCCUGAUCAAUCCGGAUCAAACUGAGAAAUUGAUAGGCCAGAUCCUAACGGAAGUAACUGCAAUAACUAAGAAAGUGGAUGCCCUAGAAGUGCGACUAGACAUAAAACUAGAUCAAAUAGUUGAAUCUCUAGUCGAAAGGAUAACACUUGUUCAGAAGCUAGAUGCGUCUUUCCUUGAACUCCACAAAAUGAUUGUGAGAAUUGACGACAUGUGGGAGAACUUCCUCAGCUAUACAAAACAGAUGCAGAAGUUCAAUAAUGACACAAUAGGCGGAUUCAUUGAUGUAGCUACUGGACCGCAACAGGGUGGACUCCAGGAUCUCCUGGAACAGAUCCAUCGAUUAAUCGUUCCUCUCAGGACAGCGCACAUCAGAGACAGUGUAUUUCUCACUCUGCUGGAGGAACAGAAGGCAACUCAAUUGAUCACCUGCGAUCAGCCUCUGUCAAAUUACGGAACAAUCUAUCAAAUUUAUACUACUCUUGCUCUCACAGAACUCCGAGGAUAUGUUAUGACCGUUGCUUCUUACGGCUUUGGCAAAUGGGAAAAACUGAAAAUGGGGAAGGAUUACGAUUUCAUCAGGGGUUCACAGAAUAUUCUACACUUGGAUGACGUAUCAGUACCUGAGGGGCGCGUUGCUAUAGGAGUGCGAUUCAAACACGUCAACGAUAUAUCCCAAAAGACAAAUAAUCCUAUUGAAAUCGAAGUUUUGUCGGCGCCUUAUAACUACGAAUCAGGCUCUCUAAUAGUGGGUCCAGUAACUUGGAUUAAUUCCGGGGUACGAAGCGCAAGGAAAUCGAUUGUAUUCAACUCCCCGGAUCUUCCGACCAAAUAUAUGAACAAUGUGCCGACCCUCGAGAAAAAUUUGUUUGUGAAAUUCCGAGCAUCUGAUGUUGAUAAAGAUGCUGGUUCAUCAACGGUCCCAUUUUUCGACUCACAGGACAUGACUCUUGAUCCUCCAGUGCCACUACAAGGUGUUGGUCUUUUCUUCAAGGGCCAUAAAGACGGAUGGUUCGGUGGAUUUCUUGCAUUUCGUAUUUAUACUCUUGACUUCACCAAAUAUCUUAAUCCGCAAUUACCUACAGAGAAGCAAAAAACUUACGAGAAAAUGUACGGACAGCCUCUAUAUACGCCGUCGAAGAACAUUGCACUUGCAUAAGUCUAGUUGCUUUUUGUUUUAUUGCAUAAAGAAGACAUUAUAUUAUACUGUCGACGCAUAAUCUUCAGUCCAUAAUUAAUUUUAAUUAGUAGUUUUUGGGUUGACUGGGUACUUUCUAUAAUGGCUUUUAUCAUGGCAUUAACUUGUCAAAUUAGUUUCAAUUAAACUUCAAAAUUAGUUCAAAAUUUUGUUGUUGUAUCAUCUCGUGAAAUAUCGGAAAAGAAACAUUAAGUAAUUGUAUAGUAAUGUAUAUACAGGGAGAAUUCAGCAUAAUAAAUAAUAAUGGCCAUAGAAGAAAACGGUAUACAAUACAUUCUAAAUAACCAUUCUUUGAAUAUCCAUUAAUAAACACGAGCGUGGGCUACUGUAUACUCUACCAUAUUAAACAUAAUAAUAACAGUAAUAAUUGCAAGGCAAUAUGGGAAAAUUUAUCAUGGAGCACAGCAAUUGGUCCUACACUCUGAUAACGUUAAAUAUGUGCGAACGUGUGUACUAAUUGUUUAGAUUUGGCAAAACUAUUCAGACGAUACGAAAUUGUUUCAUUUUAUCCCACAAACAUACAUUCAAAAAAUGUAAAUAA